GAGCUGCGGGAGCAGAUGUCUGGGUAUAAGCGCAUGCGGCGGCAGCACCAGAAGCAGCUGAUCGCCCUGGAGAACAGGCUAAAGGCCGAGAUGGAUGAGCAUAGGCUCCGGCUGCAGAAGGAACUAGAGACACAUGCGAACAACACUUACAUUGAGCUGGAGAGACUGGCCAAGCGGCACGCUGCUCAAACGGACAAAGAGAUGAAGUCAGUUGCAUCAGAAGAGCGGAGGAUCCAGCAACAGAUUGUUGCUCAGCAGAAGAGGGAGCUGACGUCUUUCUUAGACAGCCAGAAGAAGGAGUACAGGCUUUGCAAAGACAAGAUCAAAGAAGAGAUGAGUGAAGACCCUUGCACACCCAAGGAGGAGAAGCAGGAGCGUCUGUCCAGGCACAAAGAAACAAUGCAGCGCUCUCAGGCAGAGGAGGAAGCUCACCUGCUGGCCCAGCAGAGGCUGGUCUACGACCGGAGCUGCAGGGCCCUCAAACGCCGGAGUGUGUACAGGAAGCAGGAGUUUGAACAGGAGCAGCUGAGAGAGGAGCUGAACAAGAAGAGGACCCAGAAGGAGAUGGAGCAUGCCCUGAUGAUCCGGCAGGACGAGUCCACACAGGACCUGGAGCGCAGGCAGCUGCAGAUGCUGCAGAAGCUGCGCAUCGAACUCAUGCGGCUGCAGCAUCAGACGGAGCUGGAGAACCAGGAGGAGUACAACGGGCGGCGGCAGAGGGAGCUGCACAGGAAACACAGUCUGGAGCAGCGGCAGCAGCCCAGAAACCUCAAGGCGCUGGAGAUGCAGAUCAAGAAACAGUUCCAGGACACGUGCAAGGUGCAGAACAAGCAGUACAAAGCUCUUCGGAACCAUCAGCUGGAGGUUUCCCCCAAGGGCGACCACAAGAACAUCCUGAGAUGCCUGAAAGAGGAGCAGACGCGCAAGCUGGCGAUACUGGCCGAACAGUACGAGCAGAGCAUCAACGAGAUGAUGGCGUCACAAGCGAUGCGACUGGAUGAGGAGCAGGAAGCAGAGUGUGAAGCUCUGAAGCAGCAGCUGAAGCAGGAGAUGGAGCUGCUGGACGCCUACCAGAGAAAAACCCAGUCGCAGAUGGAGGCCCAACACGAGCGGGAGCAGCAGAAACUGGAGCAGAAGGUCUCCAUACGCAGAGCGCACCUUGAACAGAAGAUUGAGGAGGAACUGGCCGCACUUCAGAAGGAACGCACCGAGAGGAUCAAGCACUUGUUGGAACGUCAGGACAGAGAAAUGAACACCUUUGACUCAGAGAGUAGAAGUCUCGGCUUCGGAAGCCUGGGAUCUCUGGACUUCGCCAAAGAAGACAACAGAUGA